AAGUAUAGUAGAGACAGCUACACGGAACUUCACUAUAUUAUGCUCUAUCGCUCUCUAUUCCAUCAACAACCACAGCUAAAGUUUCAGAGAAAAAACUCAACAGCAGCAAUGAAAUCCGCAGCAAUUUCCAGCACAGAUUUCAGAAGUUUCUCGAAUCUUCCAUCAGGCCAAACUCCAAACUUAGCUCACCGGCGCGUAGCCGAGCGGCUCCUUUUACUGCCGAAGCCAGGCGCUUCACUCCCGAAAAAAGUAGGUAGCAGUAGUAAUGCCAGAAGUAAAACAUCUGUUUGCUACACAAUCUCCGCUAGUUAUGGAGAUAAGGAAUCGGAUUCAGUUAGUUCGAAUGAGUAUACUUCUCCAGCGAAAGCACUCCGGAAACUUCUAGAAUCGCCGGGAAUUCAUCAAGGCCCUGCUUGUUUUGAUGCUCUCAGUGCUAAGCUUGUUGAGAGAGCCGGCUUUGAUUUCUGCUUUACAACUGGUUUUGGAAUAUCUGCCACACGAUUAGGAGUGCCAGAUACAGGACUAAUUUCUUAUGGAGAGAUGGUGGCUCAAGGUCAAGAGAUCACACAAGCAGUGUCCAUACCAGUAAUUGGAGAUGGAGAUAAUGGAUAUGGUAACGCCAUGAAUGUCAAGAGAACUGUGAAAGGAUAUAUUAGAGCAGGUUUUGGAGGAAUAAUCCUCGAAGAUCAGGUUUCUCCCAAAGCAUGCGGUCAUACACGUGGCAGGAAGGUCGUCUCUAGAGAGGAAGCAAUAAUGAGAAUAAAAGCGGCUGUUGAUGCUCGAAAGGGAAGUGGAUCUGACAUUGUGAUUGUGGCACGUACUGAUUCUCGUCAAGCAGUCUCUUUUGAGGAAGCACUUUGGCGGGCACGUGCUCUUGCUGAUGCUGGAGCUGAUGUUCUGUUCAUUGAUGCUCUUGCUUCCGUAGAAGAGAUGAAAGCUUUCUGUGAUGUCUAUCCGCUGGUUCCGAAGAUGGCAAAUAUGCUUGAAGGUGGUGGUAAAACGCCAAUACUCACUCCUAUUGAACUUGAGGAACUUGGAUACAAAAUUGUGGCAUAUCCACUUUCCUUGAUGGGGGUAUCAAUAUGUGCAAUGCAGGAUGCACUGUCUGCCAUUAAAGGAGGUCGGAUACCUUCACCUGGAAGCAUGCCUUCAUUUGAAGAGCUAAAAGAAAUCCUAGGUUUCAAUACCUACUAUGAAGAAGAGAAGUGUUAUGCAACAACAAACAGCCAACUUCCUUCUCUGAAAGGUGAUUUCUCAUCAAGAAGCAACGAGUAUGGUGUUCAACCUGGCAUCCCAGCUGAUACAGAACAGAGGGGUCAAAUACCACAGAACCCUGUUGAGGUACUGAUUCCUGAGGUAUAUGACAAAUUUUNAGUAUCAGCAAAUAUAUUGGCGACAAACCGUGCUCCAACCAUUUUNAAAAUUACUGGAAGAGAUGGAUCCGAAAAGCUAGAUAUCAGAAUUCCUGCUGGAUUUUUGGAAGGAAUCACAAACAUAGUUCCAGCAUUGGUAGGUGUAAACAUCAAGGCUCUGUUGGAUGAUGCAACUUUAGAAGAGGGAGGGAAACAGUUGUUGGAUUUUCAGGAUACAAUGGGGGACAGAAUUCAGCUUGUACGAGCUCCCAUAUAUUUGUUUCACCUAAAAGAAGUGAAAGGUCAAAGGAGGAAAGGUGGUGUCGUAUCAGUGACGAAGCUGAAUCCUAUAUCUCAAGUGUCUUGAUUUGUUGACUCAAUGUGAUCAAAGACUGAUGUAUGGUAACAAACAAAUACGUUGGGUGUAGAUACAUAACAAUUGUACGACUAUUUUACUCACCUUGUCACAUCCCAUGAUUGGAAGAGAAAUGAACGAAUUUUUCUUCGUUAUUC